AUGAGGCCUGGCAGAAAGAAGACCUACUCCUACACUUUUCCGAAUCCGAAUCUUGAUUCUCUCAAGGGAUUGGCAAGUCAGAUUACACUGGAUGAGUUGACCAAGUUCAAACAAGAUUAUGGGAGGAUUCUGUACUUCCUCAAGACACCGUUUACCAAGUAUGAAUGGGAAGGAGUUCACACUUUGCUCCAAUUCUACAACCCUUCUCUCCGUUGUUUCACAUUUCCUGACUAUCAUUUGGGUCCUACCUUGGAAGAAUACUUUUUUUUUCUCGGCAUCUCUAUCAAAGAGCAGAUACCAUAUCAUAGUAUGAUGAAAGCUCCUACUUCUAUUGAGAUUGCAAAGGCUCUUUAUUUGAGCAAAUCAGUUGUGGAAGCAAACCUCAAGGAAAAGGGAAAUUGUCAUGGAUUUCAUUUGGAGUUCUUGGUUCAGAAAGCUUAUUACGCUGUUGUGGCUAAGGAGUGGGACACAUAUAGAGAUUUUCUGGCUUUGAGUAUCUAUGGCAUAGCAAUGUUUCCCAAUGUGGUCAAUUUUGUUGACAUGAAUGUGAUCCAUAUCUUCAUUCUGAAGAACCCAGUUCCUACGCUCCUGGGUGAUGUUUAUCACUCAAUACAUCACAGAAAUGACCGAAAGGGGGGAUUGGUUCAGUGUUAUGCUCCAUUAUUGUAUCGUUGA